AUGCUGCUCACUCCCUCACUAUCCAUCCUUCAGUUCAGCCGCACAGUGACAGCAGCCAAUGCCAGCACACUGAACGAUGGGGCAGCUGCUCUUGUUUUAAUGACAGCAGAUGCUGCAAAGAGACUCAACGUCACUCCACUGGCCAGGAUAGUCUCAUUUGCUGAUGCUGCAGUAGCCCCCAUAGAUUUUCCUAUUGCUCCUGCAUACGCUAUUCCAAAGGUUCUGGAUGCAGCCGGGCUGAAUAAGGAAGACAUCACCAUGUGGGAGAUCAACGAAGCCUUCAGCGUGGUGGUGCUGGCCAACAUUAAAAUGCUUGAUAUCGACCCAGCAAAAGUCAACAUUAAUGGAGGAGCUGUGUCUUUGGGACACCCAAUUGGGAUGUCUGGAGCAAGAAUCGUUGGUCACAUGGUGCACAACUUGAGAUCGGGUCAGUUUGGACUCGCAGGGAUCUGCAAUGGAGGAGGUGGAGCGGCUUCCAUUCUCAUCCAGAAGUUGUAAGAAAAAAACGAAGACUCACUUUUUACCACGAUUCAUUUUUUCUUGUUUGCUCCAAAUGAGUUAGUGUCGAGAAAGCAUUUGUUUUGACUGUAGUUUCAGUGGCCUUAAUCAAACGACUAAACAUCCUGACUCCAAUGUUUCAAACACUCCUUCAUUUACAAAUGUUUUGUGCAAAUCACUGGUUAUUAUUUAACUCUGAAC